AUGCGGUUGUUUUUGGUUAUCUGUGUCUCUGUAUUGAUGCUUUCGCUGACGCAAGCCAAGCAAAAAGCCGAAAUGCAAAAGUCAGAAGUCACGAAGCUCGAAGUGGUGAAUCUUGGCGAAAUCGAAGUUGAAUCCAAUUUCAAGCAAUUUGACGUACAGCGGAAACGAGAUUCCGGAUACAUCUAUAACAGGCCGAGUCAUGUCUCUUCAAAUGCUCGGUUUCGCAUUCAAACGCAUCCAUCUAGAAGUCAAAUAGCAUUUAAGGUCCCUGGUCAAUUGAGUAGACCGUUUACGAAAUAUGGACCUCCGAUUCACUCGACUUCCAAUCCGGCCACACACGAAUAUCAUGCUCAACAACAUCGGAACAAAUUGCAGUAUGACAUCAAUCAACAGCAAUCGAGCAGUUUCGGUGGAGCAGGACUGGUGGAACAGGAAGUACCGAGCCCGAUCAGAAACGUUGAUUUUACGGAGGUGAAUCCAAUUGCUAGUCAAAAUAAUGAGCCGUUUGGCAUGCACACGGCUAACUAUUUGCCGCCACAAAAUCAAAAGCUGCCAAUUUAUUCUUCAAUAAAUAAUUUUGAUCCACAGAACAUUCCAAAUCAAGGACAAAUUUAUGGUACAAACUCACAGAGCCAGAAUUUUGUGCAAGCUCAGAAUCAAAUUUCUGACGCCGCGCUUUUCCUGUCCGAGAACGCGCAGGCGAUCCAGCAACUUUACGGUGCACCAGCUAGCAAUCAAGACUUUGCGCCCAGCAAUGAUCAAUUUCAGAAUAUCGGUAAUCAAUUUCCUAAUUCAAAUGGUCAGUUCGAGAGUACCUCGCAGAACUCUGAGAAAUAUCGUAGCACAUUGCCGUCAUAUGCAUCGGGGACGCUCAAUCGUCAAGAGACUCUGGAACAAAUUCAAGCUUUAGAGAAAGAUCGGCUGAUCUUUCAAUUGCAACAAGCCCUCGCUCGGGCUCAGAUUAACCCGAAUGCGAACACGGCGGGAAGAUAUGCUCAGAAUCAAGCAGGUUUUAUUCAGAAUCAAGAUCUUCUGGCCUCCAUAAGUCAACAAGUGAAUUCACGUAUUCCCACGACGCAACCUACAACUGUUGGGUCUGGAAACAUCGCGUUCAGCCAGUCUACCUUUCUACCAGAUACCACAGUCAACCCCUUGAGAUUUCCCGUUAAAUACGGUAUUCCGACUACUACUCAAACUCCGGCCACAUCAACGGUAGCAGAGGGAGUUUUUACUACGCAAUCUUCAUCGCAAUCAUCUAAAGGUGAUAACACUGUCCAAGUAGUACCCGUUUCUAACCAGCCUGGUUCUUCAGCGACUGGAUCUCCGCCAGGGAUCCCCGUUUAUGGUGGAUUCGUGCCGACCUUCAUUACGGAAACCAACUUGGCUCCUAGCUACAGUACCAGCAUCUUUACAUCCGGAUCCUUCAGGCCCGAAACAUCACCUACUCAUUUCGGGAUACCGAUUCCCACGGAACCGCAACAUAAACCGUCGGGAUCGGCACCCUCGAUCCCAGCGACAACAACACCGCCUCUCUCGUCUGUCUCACCAUCCAAUCGACCGGGGGUUGUUCUAACACCGGCGGCAAUCACACCGAUAGCCCUGCCAAUUCAACCAGUACGACCUGUUGCUCCCCUUGCGACGCCGAUACAUCCGAUCACCACUCCUUUGUUGCCAGCGAAUCCCACUCAAGUGCAUCCGGCGCAAUCCAUUCCUGUAACGUCCAGCGUGCAACAAACAUAUGGUGUGCAAACUGCAUUAAUCAAUCCUGUUCUUUAUAAACCGGUUAAAGCUGUCUAUCCGGUGUACUAUUAUCCCGUGAAUAUUCCCUACCAACUGCAGAAGCCUGCUUUACCGAGUUACCCUUGGAAUUACGCGCCUUCGUACACGACGCAGAUAGGAUCGGCAAAAAUAUGGAAAUGA